AACACAUUCUCAUCAUGGCAGCUAAUAACAAUAUGCACAAUAUGCAUCAUGGUCUGCCGCCGCAACAGACCACAAAUCUAAUGCCAAUGACAAGCGGUGUAAUGCCACAAAGUGUCAUUGCAUCGACAGGCACUGUAAGUCCCAUGGUACAACAUAUGAAUAUGCCACAACAGCAACAACAACAAAAUAAUAUUACCAGCAAUCAAGCAGCUUGGGAUCAAUUGACCGCAACUACAAAUAAUAAUACAAAUAUCAAUACUUCUCUUAUAAUGGGUGGCGGAGGAGUAGGAGGAGGUGCAGGUGUUGGACCCGGUGGUAUGAUAGGUCCCAGCAUUAUAUCAUCAACAGCAGCACCAACAGCAUCUAUACUACAUGAUCCAAAUGCUCCGGGCUCGGCAAAUAUAAUGACUUCAUUAAUUACAGGAGCUAAUUCACCAGCUGGUCCCACUUGUUCUUCACCUUCAACACCUACCAAAUCGGGUCCCUCACCCAUGGAACAUAUGAUGGCUCAUACACCACAAGGCGGUCCACCACCCAUGUAUACGUCCGGUGGUGGCUAUGGCGAAGAGUUGACCGCAGAACUGGUAAAUCAGGGAUGGCGUAAAUUUUGGUCGAAAAGAGAAAACCGUCCUUAUUAUUGGAAUAAAAUAACAGGAGAAUCUUUAUGGGAAAUGCCCGGUGCAAGACCAUUUGAUCCUCUAACAGAUCCCUUGGGUAUAUCACAUCCCGGUGGUCAUAUACCACCACCCAUGCAUCAUCCACAUCCUCAUAUGCAGCAGCAUCAUCAUCACCAUUUGAAAAGGCGUCCAUCUGAUGAUAUGCAUAUGCAUCCUCAUGGUCAUCAGCCACCGCCCAUGAAGAAAUUCAUAUUGUCCGGUCCCUGGGAUUUAGAAGUGUGCACCAAUGCUGUCAUAGUUGAAAGGCCACCUACUUUAUUGCCACAACCACAUCCCGAAAUAGAAGCGCUGCGCGCUGCUUACACCAUGAAACUGGUGAAAACUUACGAAGAUCUUUGUAUGAGACGUGAGAAUAUUAAGGCCCCUAAAGACUCUUUUAACCGCUGGUUAAUCGAACGCAAAGUUAUCGAUACCGGCUGUGAUCCUCUAUUGCCCAGCAAUUGUAUACCCGAGAUAUCAUCAGCCAUGUAUCGUGAAAUCAUGAACGAUAUACCGAUUAAGAUUGUUAAACCCAAAUUUACGGGAGAUGCUAGAAAACAAUUGUCACGUUAUGCUGAGGCUGCAAAAAAUAUUAUAGAAUCUAGAUCUUCACCUUCAGAAUCCAAAAAGGUGGUUAAAUGGAAUGUUGAGGACACAUUCCAAUGGCUAAGGCGUACAGUGGGUGCCAGUUAUGAAGAUUUUCAAGAUCGUUUGGCCCACUUAAGACGUCAGUGUGAACCACAUCUAACCGAAACAGUCAAAAGCUCCGUAGAGGCUUUGUGUGCAAAAAUCUAUCAUUUAUCCGCUGAGCAUGCACGCAAAAUACGAGAACGUCAUAUGCAACUGUUAAAAGAACAUGGUAUACCCGAGCCCACACCGCCGCCACCACCACCACAUCUCAAACAAGUCUGGUGUUAUCCCAUACAGUUUGCUGUGCCCUCACCCCGUAUGCCCGCUAUUGAAUAUGUCCAAGAUCGCGAUCACAUGAUUAUUAAGUACACUCCUACUGCUCUAAAUCAACCCGAUGCUCAAUAUAUUAAUCUAACACAUUUACAAAAGCUGGAACAGCUCUAUCGUCACAAUUGUUUCGAUGAUAAGAAAUUCGAUUUGUUUAUUGGACGCGUCUGGUGUCUGUUGAAACGUUAUCAAACGUUUUUGGGUAAUGUCUUGAAUUCUUCACAAGAAGCUGAACUAACACAGGCUUCAUUGCCCACUCCUGUAUUCGAGUGUUUACAUCGACAUUUUGGGGUGACAUUCGAAUGUUUUGCUUCGCCAUUUAAUUCAUAUUUUCGUCAAUAUUGUUCGGCAUUUGCUGAUACUGAUGCUUAUUUCGGUUCAAGAGGACCCUUUUUGGAUUUCAAACCAGUUUCGGGUUCAUUUCAAGUUAAUCCUCCUCAUUGUGAGGAAUUAAUUGAUGCUGCUCUUUUGCAUAUUGAUAAAUUACUUUCGGAAUCUAUGGAACCUUUGAGCUUUAUAAUUUUCUUGCCAGAAUGGAAAAGUAUUUCCAAAUUGGAGGAAAAUAUUUACAAACGUCGUUCCAUGGUCGUUUUGGGUAUGGCCCAUGAAUAUCGCCAUGGCUAUCAGCAUAUUAUAGCAAAAAAUGAUGUCAAUGUUAAAUGCAUGCAGGGUACACAAGUGGUAUGGCUGCAAAACAGUGCCGGCCAUGCACGUUGGGGACCUAAUGAAAAUCGUGUUGAGGCAUUACGUGAAGCAUUCCGACCACAAAGAGAUCGUGAGCGUGAACGUGAAAGACAAGCAGCAGCGGCUGCUUCAACCUCUGGCUCUUCGAAUGCCUCGUCACAGCCAUCAACAUCUUCACAGGCCUCAGCAAACUCUUCAAAUAUGGGUCACUCUACAUCAACAACAAUAUCAGCUACAACAAGUGGAGGAGGCGGUGGUUCUACGCCACAACAUCAACAAAUCUACACUACUAGCAAUAACACCACCAUGGGCUUUACACCCUCACCUUCGACCAUAACCACAACAUCAACCACACCCACUUGUCUGGCCUCACCCUCAGGUGCUUCAACCUCCAGUGGUAUUUCAUCGAUAAGUUCUUAUGGUGGUGGUAAUCCUGGUAUGUCACCUUCUCCUUUAUCACCUCAUACACCACCAUCUAAUUAUCAUGCUUCAGCUUCACCAGCUCUAAGUCUACAAAGUGAUUGUUCUUCACCCUCCUCUUCAACAACUUCACUAUCACCCGCUCCCCUUUUGGAUAUGGCUGGUAAUAACACAACCGCUACAAAUGUUUCCAUAACAGCAACGGCCACAACAUCGGGUACUUCAGCAGCUGCUGCUGCGGCAUUUGCUUCUUUGGUAGCCAGUGGUAAUGCAGGAGUUAAUAAUACUACAACAACAGCACCCGGUGCUAUAACUACUACAGCUCAACAAACUGUUAUUAAUUCAGCGGUUUAAAGGAAGUGUUACGAACUCUCUCUUUCCAGAAAGAAAAACUGAAAACAGAAAAAACACAAAAUAUUUUUGAGGUUAGUUUUAAUAAUACAUAUUGAAAAAAUGAGGUUAGGUUUUUAUAUAUUUUCUUGUUUUUCUUAUUUUGUAUAUAAUUUUCUUUUUUUUAUUUCAAUAUUUUUUUAAUUAGAACUUAAGUUUUUAAGAAAAAAGUUUAUGAAAAAAACUUUAAAAACACACACACAAACACAAUAUUUACACUUGCAUAUAAAUUUUAUUUAUAUUUUGAAAAAAAAGCUCUUGUUUUGGCGCGAAAAUUCGGUCAAGUAAGGAAACAAAGCUUUUAGUUUUAUCAAGGUUGGGUAUUGAGUUAAGUUUGAUUUUGAAAUUGUUUGAAGAAAUCGGAAGACGGGUUCCCCCACAUUAUGUAGACAACAUAUAACCCAGAUAUCAGUGUUUAAAUGUUUUGAACUUUAAUAUUUUGAAAAUUAUAUUCGUAGUUUUUGGAUUGUAGUAUCGAAAUAAAAGUUUUUUAUAAAUUCGAACUUAAGUUCGAAAAUUUCGAAUAUUCGAACUUAAGUUCGAAUUUUUUUCUAAAACUAUUAAAAUUAUCUAUAAAUUUUGAGGAUUCAUAAAAUAUUAUU